AUGGACCCUUAUUUGGGCAUCUUCUUCCUCACUCCAUUCUUCCAGUCCUGCUAUGCCUGGUCAGUGAAUAAUUUCCUGAUGACGGGCCCCAAGGCCUAUCUCAUCUACUCCAGCAGUGUGGCGGCUGGGGCGCAGAGCGGCAUCGAGGAGUGCAAGUUCCAGUUCGCCUGGGACCGCUGGAACUGCCCCGAGAGGGCACUGCAGCUCUCCAGCCACGGCGGGCUGCGCAGCGCAAACCGAGAAACAGCCUUUGUCCAUGCCAUCAGCUCUGCGGGCGUCAUGUACACGCUGACCCGGAACUGCAGCCUGGGGGAUUUUGACAACUGUGGCUGUGACGACUCCCGCAAUGGACAGCUGGGGGGACAAGGCUGGCUGUGGGGAGGCUGCAGUGAUAACGUGGGCUUUGGGGAAGCUAUUUCCAAGCAGUUUGUGGAUGCCCUGGAGACUGGACAAGAUGCCAGAGCUGCUAUGAACCUGCAUAACAACGAGGCAGGUAGAAAGGCAGUGAAAGGGACCAUGAAGAGGACUUGCAAAUGCCAUGGUGUAUCGGGGAGCUGCACCACUCAGACCUGCUGGCUGCAGUUACCCGAGUUUCGGGAGGUGGGCACUUACCUCAAGGAGAGGUACCACAAAGCCCUGAAGGUGGACUUGCUGCAGGGAGCAGGGAACAGCGCUGCCAGCCGGGGUGCCAUUGCUGAGACCUUCAGCUCCAUCUCCAAGAAGGAACUGGUCCAUUUGGAAGACUCUCCUGACUACUGUCUGGAGAACAAGACCCUGGGGCUGCUGGGCACGGAGGGCAGGGAGUGCCUGAAGAGGGGCAAGGCGCUCAGCAAGUGGGAGAAGCGGAGCUGCCGGCGGCUGUGCGGGGACUGCGGGCUGGCGGUGGAGGAGAGGCGAGCCGAGAUGGUGUCCAGCUGUAACUGCAAGUUCCACUGGUGCUGCGCCGUGCGCUGCGAGCAGUGCCGCAAACGGGUCACCAAGUACUUCUGUGUCCGCAAGGACAAGCGCGAGCGGAGCGGAGGCGGCAGAGCCAGUCGCAAGCUCAAGAGAAAGCUCUAACUUGCUUCUGCUCCUCCACAGUGCUGUCUGCCCCUCUCCUCUCCUGUCCUUCCCAUCAGCUCCUGGCACCACUUCUGUUUGGCAUAGCUUUGUCUCAUUCCCACUGCUGCCUCGCUGGGGCUUGGGCAAG